AUGACAAAGAAAGCUUCAUCUUCUUCCUCAGAGUAUUUCUCCAGCAACUCUUUGGAAAACAAGCUCACUGGUGCUGAAUUCAAGACCACCCAGGAGGAUGCAGCCCAUCCUAAGUCCUCUGCCGUGGUCCCUCCUGGUGGUGAGGCUGCAGAAGAAUCAUCUGCCUCAUCCUACUUCACCUGUUUUUCUUCCAUAUCGCAAAUAAUUAGGGCUAAUCAGGAUGGAGCUCCUCAAACAGACCAGCUUGUUUCUUGUUCCAAGAAAUGUGAGACUUCCUCACACUUUCUAUAUAGCUCCUUUACUUUGCAGCUGGCUAAUGAUCCUAAGCCUUCUGUGUCCUCUGCAAACACAAAAGAGGAAACAUUCAUGAAUGUCUACUAUAUGAAUGUAAGAACAAAAAGGGGUGUGGCUGUCCUCAAUGAUGAGCAAGAAAGCCUGGAGCCUCCUACCAAAAAAACAAAAAAAGAAAAAAAGACCUUUUCUGAUCUCCAGGGAGCAGUCACCCCCUCUUGCACUACUAAGGAGCCACUAACUUGCAGUGCAUCCAGGCAGACAAUAGAAGAGCAGGAGAAAGGGAAGGAGGCUGACAGUCCACCAGUGCCUCCAGCUGCCGAGGAAUAUCCCAGGGCCAAGACGCCUGAAUGGCUUGUGGCCCUGGAUAGUGGCUUCAGGUGCAUGGCCUGCUGCCGGGUCUUUCCUAGCUUGGAGGUCCUCCAGGAACACGUGAAGCAUGGAGUCCGUGAGGGCUUCAGCUGCCAUACUUUCCAUCUGACCUUGACUUUGCUGGAGAGAAAGAAAAGGGUAGAGAAGGAAAAGAGUAGGCAGACAUAG